UGCUUGAAAGAACCCGUGCCAGGCGAGAAAAUCUUCAGAGAAAAAUGGCGGAGAGGCCUACGGCCGCAGCAAGGUCUGUGGCUCACAGUAAGCGAGCCCGGGAGCCGCUUUCAGAAGCAGAUAACCUGCAACACCAAUCUAGCGGGAAAGAGAGUUCUGGUACAAAGCCGUCACCGUCGAAGAAGCGCUGCUCCGACGGCGCGGAGGCCGAAGUCGCCAACUUGGAAAAUAGGCAGCCAGCUGGGCCGGCUCCCACGGAAGCUCGUUCUGCUCCCACGUCCUCGCAGGCAGCGGCACAAACACCAGCCGCCGUGAGCGAUGCCGUCCGCAAUGCCGUGGGCGUCCCCGCAUCGCUGCUGGGCACACGGGCAGGGCCGCAGCCCAGGUCGGAAGCCGCUGCAGCCUCGUCGGUGAGGACACGCAUGCAGAAGCUGGCCGAGCAGCGGCGCCGCUGGGAUGACGACGCAGCAGAUGACAUCCCUGAAAGCUCACUGUUCUCACCAGUGCCCUCAGAGGAAGCGGUGGCUGCCUCUGCCCCCGAGCCUCCCAUCGCAGGUGCCUCAGCCACUCUCGUGGGGAGACGGGGCCGUCUGGCCAACCUAGCUGCGGCCAUUUGCUCCUGGGAAGAUGACGUAAAUCACUCAUCUGCAAAGCAGAACAGUGCCCGGGGACAGCCUGGUACCGCUUGUUUACCCGAAUUUCCCCCUGCGAGCGGAGCAUCUGCUCAGAUCAAUGGCUGCAGUGUUGAGCAGGAAGCUCCAUGCUGUUCCCAAAGCGGACGCGAAGCCUCUCUGAACAAAGCCCCAGCCUCCGGCGUGGCCAGUGCAUCUGGGGCAGUUGCCUCGCCUUCCCCCUUGGUGAAAGCUGCUUCUUCCCCAGCGAAAUCUACCACAUGCACCACCAAUGCUAAAAACUGUGAGGUACAAAUUAGCGAGCGGCUUCAAGAAGCUCCCGUUAGUCCCCUGAGAACGGAGGCAUCAAAACCAGUUGUGAAGUCAGCUCUGCCCCAGACAGUCCAUUCCAAAGAACUAAACAGAGAAACCCGUGUGCAGCCUCGGCCUGCAGACACAUCUACAACUGCAGGAGGAGUAGGGAUUAAGCCUUUCUUGGAACGCUUUGGAGAGCGUUGUCAGGAACACAGCAGAGAAAGUCCAGCUCGUAGCACACCCCAGAGGACCCCCGUCAUCACUCCAAAUACAAAGGCCAUUCGAGAAAGAUUGUUCAAGCAAAACGCAUCUUCGUCUGCUACACACUUGGCACACCAGCUCAAGCAGGAACGUGAAAAAGAACUAGCAUGUCUUCGUGGCCGGUUUGACAAAGGCAAUUUAUGGAGUGCAGAGAAGGGCAAAAAUUCAAGAAGCAAACAGCCAGAAACCAAACAGGAAAAUCAUUGUCAGAACACUCCCCCCAGGAAGCACCAGGCUGUCUCAGACACGCCGUCACUUCCGGUGGCAGAGAAGGUGCCGGAAAGUCCAAUACCGCCAGAAGCCUGCAGCACAAAGCCCCCAGGUUUUACUGAAUGUGAAAUGACGAAGUCUAGCCCUUUGAAAAUAACACUGUUCUUAGAAGAAAAUAAGUCCUUAAUGGUAACGCCAGACCCACAGGUCGAACAGCAGACUGAAGCGGUACGUGAAGUUGAGAUGAGUGUGGAUGAUGACGAGGACGUCAACAGUUCCCAAGUGAUUAACGACAUCUUCAGCGGGGUCCUAGCGGAAGGCGAGCUCGACAUGGAGAGCCCAGGGGACACAGACCGUGCGGGGCCAGACAGCGGCGAGGAGCAGGAAGACGCCCUGAACAUCUCCUCCAUGUCCUUACUGGCCCCCUUAACGCAGACGGUCGGCGCCAUGAGCCCAGAGACUUCAGUCUCCUCGCCUAGACUGGGAUCCAGAGACAGCAGUGUGAGCGAGGAGAGUCCAAAGCCAGGGAAAUUCCAGAGAACCCGUGUUCCUCGAGCCGAGUCUGGUGACAGUAUCUGUUCUGAAGACCGGGACCUUCUGUACAGCAUCGACGCAUACAGGUCUCAAAGGUUCAAAGACACAGAACGUCCUUCAAUAAAGCAGGUGAUUGUUCGGAAGGAGGAUGUGACUUCGAAACUGAACGAGACAGUGAAUGCCUUCCCUGCUCAGGUUAACAUCAAGCAGAAGAUCCAGGAACUCAAUAAUGAAAUCAACUUGCAGCAGACCGUGAUCUACCAAGCCAGCCAGGCACUGAACUGCUGCGUGGAUGAGGAGCACGGGAAGGGGUCUCUGGAGGAGGCCGAGGCAGAAAGACUCCUCCUCAUUGCAACCGAGAAGAGAUCGCUUCUGAUCGACGAGCUGAAUAGAUUGAAGAACGAAGGGCCUCAGAGGAAGAAUAAGGCUAGUCCCACAUCCCAGAGUGAAUUUGUCCCAUCCAAAGGAUCCGUCACGUUGUCAGAAAUCCGCUUGCCUCUGAAAGCCGACUUCGUCUGCAGCACGGCUCAGAAACCAGAUGCUGCAAACUACUAUUACUUAAUUAUCCUGAAAGCGGGAGCUGAGAACAUGGUAGCCACCCCGCUGGCGAGCACUCCCGACUCCCUCAGCGGCGACGCACUGGUGUUCACUACGACAUUUGCUCUGCAAGAUGUGUCUAAUGACUUUGAAAUAAACAUUGGAGUAUACAGCCUGGUACAAAAGAAAGAGCCCUCAGGCCCGGAGAAGAAGAGAAAGGCCUAUAAGUCCAAGUCUAUUACUCCAAAGCGACUCCUCACAUCGAUAACCACAAAAAGCACCCUUCAUUCUUCAGUCAUGGCCAGCCCGGGAGGCCUCCAUGCUGUGCGCACCAGCAGCUUUGCCCUUGUUGGAUCCUACACGCUGUCGUUGUCUUCAGUAGGAAGCACCAAGUUCGCGCUGGACAAGGUACCCUUUUUAUCCUCUUUGGAAGGCCAUAUUUAUUUAAAGAUAAAGUGUCAAGUGAAUUCAAGUGUUGAAGAAAGAGGUUUUCUAACCAUAUUUGAAGACGUUAGUGGCUUUGGUGCCUGGCAUCGGAGGUGGUGUGUUCUUUCCGGAAACUGCAUCUCUUACUGGACUUACCCGGACGAUGAGAAGCGAAAGAAUCCCAUCGGAAGGAUAAACCUAGCCAACUGUACCAGCCGUCACAUAGAACCAGCCAACAGAGAGUUCUGUGCGCGGCGCAACACCUUUGAGUUAAUCACUGUCCGGCCACAGAGAGAGGACGACCGCGAGACGCUGGUCAGCCAGUGCAGGGACACGCUGUGUGUCACCAAGAACUGGCUGUCCGCAGACACUAAAGAAGAGCGGGACCUCUGGAUGCAAAAGCUCAAUCAGGUGCUCGUGGAUGUCCGCCUCUGGCAGCCUGACGCCUGCUACAAGCCCGUCGGGAAGCCUUCGCUGGGGGACACCCUGGGCCACUAGAGGUUUUCAGGGGUGACGUCGAUGUCGUUCAUGAGUAU